UUUAUUAAACGUGGAAAAAUCAUUACAUUAUCAACAUCAAAGAAGAUUAUACAUACUAGACAUCCUUGAAAAAGAGAAAUGAAUGGCUUUGGAUGGUGAAGUUCGUUUGUGGUUAAAAACAGUUGUUAAUUUAUAUCGCUGUAAAUAAAAGAGAGCGUAAUGGGAAAACCAAAGAUCCCCAUUUGGUGGCGCAACUCUCUCAGGGAAAAAAACUGGCAUCCAUAAAACUGCUACACAAUUGAAGACAAAGAGAGGAAAAGGAAAAGAAAGGUAAUUUCAAUUUUCUGGAUUCUGUAGUCUUUCUGGCUCAAAGAAAAAUCAACUCCAAAAAAGCAAAAAAUGGAGAAAGCCUUGCAUUUUGAUCUGAACACUGGGGCCAGAAUUCCGGCCGUCGGCCUUGGAACUUGGAAAGCCCCUCCCGGCGUCGUCGGGGAAGCCGUCAAGGCCGCCGUCAAGGCUGGUUAUAGGCAUAUUGAUUGUGCUCAUGUUUAUGAUAACGAAAAAGAGGUAGGAGUAGCAUUAAAGGAGCUGUUUUCAACAGGGGUAGUCCAGCGAAAUGAGAUGUUCAUCACUUCUAAACUUUGGUGCAGCGAUCAAGCGCCUGAAGAUGUGUCAAAAGCGUUGAGCAAAAGUUUAGAACACCUUCAGCUUGAUUACAUUGACCUCUAUCUUAUUCAUUGGCCAUUCAGGACCAAGCCCGGGUCGCGAGGGUUCAAUCCCGAGGUGAUGGCGCCGUUGUGUAUAGCGGAAACAUGGAACGCGAUGGAAGGGUUGUAUGCAUCAGGGCAGGCUAGAGCCAUUGGAGUGAGCAAUUUCUCAACGAAGAAGCUCCAAGAUCUGCUGAAAUCUGCAAAAGUUCCUCCUGCAGUUAACCAAGUUGAAUGCCACCCAGUUUGGCAGCAGCCUGCGCUUCACAACUUGUGCAAAUCCACGGCCGUUCAUCUGUCUGCAUAUUCUCCAUUGGGAUCUCCAGGGAGCUGGUUGAAAGGUGAAAUCUUGAAGGAGCCAAUUUUGAUAGAAAUUGGGGAGAAGCUGAACAAAUCACCAGCACAAGUAGCCCUGCGAUGGGGCAUUCAAAGUGGCCACAGUGUCCUUCCAAAGAGUGUCACUGAAUCAAGGAUCAUUGAAAACCUUAGCUUAUUUGACUGGUCCAUUCCUCCAGAGCUCUUCUCUAAAUUCUCCCAAAUUCAUCAGCAACGGCUUCUUCGUGGGGAGUUUGCAGUCCAUGAAACUCUAAGCCCUUAUAGAAGUGUGGAAGAGCUUUGGGAUGGGGAAAUAUGAUACCAAAUAUCAAAAUAUCCAUGGUGAGAUCAUUUUGAAGUGUAAUAACUUAGCUUCACAAUGACACCUUGAAUUUGUACUACAUGUAUCUUUUUGGUCUCAGUUUCACUUUUUGCCUUUGAAUUUGUACCUAUUUGUCUUUUGAAAUAUCAAUUUUAGUGUUUCCAGCAGUAUUGAAGUUUAUAAAUUUUAGUACCCAUUUGUAGAAACGUGUUACAAAUGUCUAAUUUUAUUGGAAA